GUGCACGCCUAUCGCGACGGCGGUCGGACAGUCCUCCCUUUGUUCCUGGGGUGGGCUAUGGAGAAGUAUCUAAAAAGUAUCUAUAGAACCAUAGAAAGGAUCUGGACUCCCGACGUGUGCGUUCAAUGCCACACGCGUUUUUCUGGAGGAGGCUACUUCGCCACGACAAAGCAAGGCUACGAACUGGUUUUCUGUACCCUCAAGUGUGGUGACGACUAUUGGGAAGAGUACGGAAAGUUUGGGCGAAAUCCAACAGUGUUCAUGCAACGAGGUCCCCGCACGUGCCGUCUUCCCGGCUGCAGUAAGCCAUGUUAUGUGGAGGGAAACGGCAAAGUUCACGACUACUGUGGGCGUACCCAUGCCCAGCAGCACGGAGCCAUGUCCUCCCCUCGAGAGGGAGGAAGAUGGGGAGCGGGAAGGACCACUGGGUAUGCCAGGCAAGGCUCACAUUCCGGAUGGGAUAACCAGACAGGCCCGAUCUAUUUCUACAACCGUGGAGAACCGUACUAUGAAUUCACUAACUUCUAUGAGGCCAUAGUCGAAAUUGACGGCCAAGAUUGGCUCACAACGGAGCACUACUUCCAGGCCCAAAAGUUUGUCGGGACUCCGCUGGUUAGCACCAUUCGCCUUUUGGAGCGACCUCGCGAGGCGUUUGACAAGUCGCGCGACCCUCGCUACUCCCACUGGCGUCGCAGUGACUGGGAGGAGGUGAAGGAAGGCAUCAUGUUCAAGGCUUGCAGGCAAAGUUCGCUCAACACCAGCACCUCAAGCGGAUGCUGGUGGGCACUAAGGACAGGCAGUUGGUGGAGCGCUCUCCCUACGACAGCUACUGGGGAGAUGGUGGGGAUGGUUCGGGGAAGAACCGACUCGGAGUACUGCUCAUGAGACUACGAGACGAUCUGACUCCAAAACCUGUAGUUCGAGCUCCUUCUCCCAAACUUCCAAUCCAUCCUGGAUCUCCCCGCUGCUCAUCUCCAGUCAAAAAUCCUCCUCAGAAAAAGGCCCCAGUUGAAAGUGAAUCGGCAAAGCAAGAGAUUGAAGAGUGGCACGAGCUGAAACCUCUUUCCAAGUUAGCACCUUCACAACAGCCGAAUCAAGAUGGGCCCAAACACGGCCCACACUCCGAGCAACCAACACAGCCUAAUAACGGCCGAAAUGAGCAGCACGAUGAUGGUUUAGCACCACAACCCACCGAGCAGCAUCCGCUACAGCUGGAUCUACUAGCAGAUGCCAUGAA